AUGGCCAAAAAACAGCUGAUAGAGGCUUUAGAUUUAUUAUUGAAAGACCUGAUGGAUACGAAGUUACUCUUCGGUGGAAAAGUUGUAGUUUUCGGUGGAGAUUUCAGACAAACUCUUCCAGUUGUUCGCAGUGGCAUAAAAGAGGAUUUCAUAGAAGAAAGUUUACUAUGUUCCGGUAUCUGGAAUACACUUGAAAAACUGCGAUUAUCAGUAAAUAUGAGAGCAAGAACUGAUCAUGCCUUUUCUGAAUAUUUGAUGCAAAUAGGAAGCGGAAAAGCAGAAACAAAUUGUCAGGGUAAGAUUGAAAUUCCCGAUUCUUUUAUUGUUCCUUUUAUUAGCGAACAAGAAUCUUUGAAUGUUUUAUUUAAAAUAACUUAUCCAAAUUUAUAUACAUCUUCCUGUGAUAUGGCCUCUGUGACUUCUCGUGUUAUUCUGACAACAAAAAAUGAUUUCGUUGAUGAAAUAAAUGACAUGCUCAUUAUUCAAUUCUCUGGUGAUUCUAGAACAUAUGUUGCAUUUGACGAAAACACUGAAACACAUGAUCAAAGCCAAUAUGAAGAUUUCUUGCAUAGUUUACAUCCUCCGGGUUUACCUCCGUACAAAUUAACUUUGAAAAAAGGUUGUCCAGUAAUGUUAUUGCGGAAUCUAAAUCCCUGCGAAGGCUUGUGUAACGGGACACGACUUAUAUGUCGUGAUUUUCAAAAACAUGUUAUAAGUGCUACAAUUGCAAGCGGUGACUUCAAAAACACCCAUGUAUUUAUUCCAAGAAUACCGUUAUUGUCCUCGCAGGAUGAGAAACUGCCUAUUCCUUUUAAAAGAACACAAUUUCCUAUUAGAUUAUGUUUUGCUAUGACAAUAAAUAAAGCUGAAGGUCAGACUUUAGAUUUUGUUGGUGUUUAUUUACGAGAGCCUGUUUUUUCACAUGGUCAGCUUUGUGUUGCUUUAUCACGAGCAAAAAACCCGAAUUGUGUAAAAAUAUUAAUCCGGCCGCCAACAGCUGAUAGCAACGAUGAUCAUACAACAUACAAUAUAGCAUAUGAUGAAAUGAUGAAAUCAUUCAAGCGGCUGCCUUAUAAAUUGAUUGUUCCUGUAUGCAAUGAACUUUUUAAAAAUCUGAUAUUUACUUGA